AUUGUUGCUUUAAAUAAGUGGGAUGCAUAUAUUGUUGUACGUGACCAAAAUAAUAUGGUGAUGUAUAAUGUCCUUGUUGAAAAUGUUGGUAUGUUUGAAGCGUUGGAACGCCAGGCAAAGACCAAGGAGGGGGGAAUGCUGAGUUUAAAGAAAUAUUUUGUUGCAAAUGUUGAUAUUGAAACUCUUCAAUAG